AUGUCUUACCGCGAUAACCAGCAAUACGGCAGUGGCGGCGGCGGUGCUAGCAACAGCUACUACAACAACGACGAGGACUUCUCCGGCCGUAACAACAACAAUAACAACAACUCCUACGGUGGAUCCAGCGGUGGUUACGGCAACUCUAACGAGGGCCGUUCCAACCAGGGCUACCAGAACCAGAGCCAGAACCAAGGCCAGGGUAACUACGGCGGCCGCCAGGAAUCCCACGGUAGCGGAGGCUACGGACACAACAACAACGACUCCUACGGUGGAUCCAGCGGUGGCUACAGCAACCAGAACCAGAGCCAAGGAAACUACAGCGGCCGCCAAGAAUCCCACGGCAGUGGAGGCUACGGCAACAACAACAACAACUCCUCCUCCGGCUACGGCAACUCCUCCAACCACCACUCUUCCAACAACGAUGACGACGACUACAGCAGUGCCGCCUCGCACGCACAGGAAAACCACAGCAGCGAGGACAAGUCCCUGUUCAGCACUGCUUUGAACUUCCUCAAGGACCGCAAGAGCUCCGGCAACGACGACGACGAGCAGCAGGCGGCUAAUGCCCACCAGAGCAUGUACGGAUCUGGUAACUCCUCCAACCAGAACCACGAUUCCAACACUAUCGGUGCUGGUGCUGCUAUGCAGGCUUUGAAGAUGUUCUCCGGUGGCAGCAGUGGCAACGGUGGCAGCAGUGGUAGCAGCGACGGUGGUAUGGAUAAGAACAAGCUUAUUGGGCUUGCUAUGGCUCAGGCUGGCAAGCUGUUUGAUGAGAAGAAUGGAUCUGGCGGUAAUGUGUCCGGAGACAAGCAGUCUGCCGUUAACUCUGCUGCCGAGAUGGCACUUAAGAUGUACAUGAAGAACCAGGGUGGUGGCUCUAGCGGUGGUGGUGGGCUUAUGAGUCUUGCCAGCAAGCUCCUGUAG